ACUUGGUUAGUUUUUAGAAAUUUGUUAUUGUCAGCGAAAAAUUUAAUAUCUACAAUAAAUAAAAAUAAUAAACACAUUGAUUUGUAAAUAUGGUUAAAUCGUGUGUUAUACCAUAUUGUAAAAAUCAAGAAAAACUUCAUCCACACAUCAGUUUUCACAGAUUUCCACUAACGAAUGAAAAUCUGUGCAAUGAAUGGGUAAAUGCAAUUAAGAGUCUGGUACAUGUAGUACCAAAACCUAAUCACAGAAUAUGUUCUGAUCACUUUUUAAAAAGUGACUUCACUACAGAUUCUCGACGUCGGAGGAUUUUAAAAAAAGGAAGUAUACCAAGUGUUUUCAAUGCUGGAGCAAGUUAUUCACCGACUCCUGAAUAUGCAUCAUCAUCACCGGAAUAUUCAGAUCAGGAGGAUGAUUAUGCAUCGUCGCAAGAUUAUUCAACACCAUACUUUGAAAUUAAACCAGAAAAAAGAAAAAUUAUUCAAACAAAUAUUGGCGAAAUUAUUGAAGUUGAAUAUAUCGAGUCACCUAGAACACCAUAAAUAUUAAUUAUUGUAUAAUAAUUUCAUUCCUAUUUUAUUUUAUA